GACGAUUUGGACAUUUACGUCAGAAAAUACUUAUGUCAGAAUAACAUAAGGUGUAGAAUGAUGGGCGUCGUUGGAGCGAUGGUGGUGUUUGAAACUGCUUCCCUUGAAAAGUCAGAAAACAAAGAAACUGUUCAGCAGUACAUGAGUUUACUUCAAGAACGAACCAACGAAUCGCCUGAUCUCAGACGAUUGUUUUUCGAUGAACUUUCCAAGAUUGUCGAGUUGUCCACUUCUGUUCUCAGUAUGGAUUUUCGUGAAAUUGAAAAAUGGGCUGAUCAGCUGCUCAGUGUAUAUAUCGCUGAAGAUAACUGCCGGUGUUUGCCGGAAGAUUAUGAAAUCAACUUUAAAUUAAACAAGGACGAUGCUUCAUCUUAUAUUGACUUUUCGUUGAAGUCAGAAAUAUCGAGCGGCCGGUACGCGACCUCGCUUUCCAGCGGAAGCUGCGACAGUCGUUAUGGAGACGUACUUCCGCCGUUGUUUCGCUUUUUACGUUUGCUCAAAUCCAAACGUGACCCAUCGUUGGCUGACUUUCACACAAUGCUACAGUUGCCAAUCAAAUAUCCGAAGGAGUCCAUUCUGUUACGAUAUGACUCUUUGAACCCUGAAAAACAAAAGUCACUUUUUCGAUACCUGCUGCAGUGCGCCAGUUGGAUCAUUGAGCUAAUAAACGCCUUCUGUAGCUCAGCCAGUAUGCAUCAGUCACGAGAGUUGGAUUUUCAAGCAUUUGCACUGCUGAAGCACAAGGUGAAAAUUGAGGCGAAGGCGAAGGAUAGCUGCUUUGACAACUUUAACAGAAUCGACCAAAGCGAUUUCCUGCUUAUGCUGAAGGACGUAGUACAUAACCUCCUCAAUUAUUUGGCAGAUUUCAAGUCUUAUUUUAUAAACACUUUGUCGUCUGACGAAAAGCGGUUUGAUGUUGAAGAUGAUUCCUUAUCGCGCUCGUUUGUCUGCGCGAAAACCAUCUUCGAUUGCAUAACGUCUAAUUUUCACGUUUGGUACGACUUUAUGCUCACGAGUUUGUCUGAAAAAGCGGCUGAAAUGACGGAUAAAAGUCAGAGCUUCAUGUCCGUUCAGAAAGUUCAUCUGAAGCAUGUGCUGUCUAGUGCACUUCAUCUUAGUCCAAAGUACGUGAGUGCAUUUACGCUGAACGCCCUUCCAUUUUUCGACCGUCACUUUCGGGAGUUUGUCGACGAUUUCCGUCCCGUCUUUCAGGCUGUGCAACAGAGCACCCGUGUAAACAAGGACCAAAAUCUAACGAGGCACAUUCCUCUAUGUCGUCGAACCAUCGAGCAGUUCAUCUUCCGCGUCAAAGCGAUGAUGGUUUCGAACAAGUGUAUCGACGCCGUUCAAAUUGCCAACCUCAAGACCAAAAACCUAUAUGGCGAGGUGAUUUCUUCGCAGUCCGCACCGGCUGGUACACCCGAACGCGUUGAACUUGGUGCCAGUGCUGAUGAUGACGGUGAGAGUAAGGAAGACGACCAACCUCCUGUUAGUGACGAAGAACCUGACGAAAAAUUAAAUGAGGCAAGAUGA